AUGAUUGAAUAAUAUAAGGUUCAUGAAUAAAUUGGAUAAGGUGAGUUUGGAAAAGUCUAUAGAGCAACAAAUCUUCUUACUCAAUCAGUUGUUGCCAUUAAAAGUGUUGAUGUGGCUAAAUUUAAUGAAACACCAAAAUUACUCGAAUUAAGCAUGCAAGAGAUAGAGGUACUCUAAAAACUUUAACAUUGUUAAUAUGUUGUUAAGUUCAUUGAAUUAAUUAAAACCUCUCAUCAAUAUCAUUUCGUAUAUGAAUAUUGUUCAGGUGGUCCUCUUGACAAAUUGUUAUUGUUAUAAGGACAUUUUACAGAAAGGAAAUCAUUAGAGAUCAUUUAUUAAUUAAUUUAAGCAUUUAAAGUCUUGAGAGAAAAUUCUAUAAUCCAUCGAGAUUUAAAACCUUCAAAUAUUUUAAUUCAUAAUGGAAUUUAUAAAUUAGCAGAUUUCGGAUUUUGUAAACCCAUCAAAAAUGAUGUUACUGCCACUAUGUUAGGUUCACCAAUCUAUAUGGCUCCAGAAGUACUAAGAGGACUUUCUUAUAAUAGUAAGGCAGAUAUUUGGAGUCUUGGAGCUGUAUUGUAUGAAUUAUUAAUUGGCAAAUGUCCAUUUGAAGAAAAAUCUAUUGCUAAAUUAAUUACUGCCCAAGAUGAAACAGAUUGGAUGAUACCUCCAUAAUUUCAUUUUACUAAACAAACAAUCACUUUACUUAAAUCUAUGCUCAUAAAAGAUCCAAAUAAACGUUGUACAUGGGAAUAUUUAUUUAAAAUCCCAUUAAAAAAUGAUGGAGAGUUUAGUGGAGAUUUGGAAAUUUAUUCAGAUAAACCAGAAUAAAAUGUUUUAUAACCCUCAAAUAGUAAUAAUAAUAAUGUCAGUAUCUUAUAAGAGAUUGUUAAUGAAAGAUGCAAAGUUUAAUUUAUGUGUUAAACUGCACAUUCUAUUUUGGAAUAGUCAUAAAACAAAGAAUCUCCUUUAAUUGCCUAUUAUCUUUUAUUAUUAGCUAAUAAUAGAGGAUAACAAUUAUUAAGCGUGAUUAAAAAGUAAUGCACCACUGCAACUGAAUAUUUUAGUUUAAACAAAUUAUCUAUCCAUUUAAAGUAGUCACAAGAUAAUAGAUUAUCAUCCAACUUUGAAUUUACAAGAUUAGUUGAAACUAUUACGAAAGAAGUUGAUUAAUUGACCAUCGGAUUAAAAGAAUAUAAAAUUAUAUUGGAUGGUUAAUCUUUAGAUAUCAAAGAUAAUUAUAGAUAAAAUAUUAAAAAUUAUGUUAACUAAAUUAAAUAAAAUAAUUAUAUAGCUUUCUUAGAUACUAAUUAAGAGAAAAACCUUUUGACACAUUGUUUAUAAGUUUUAGAUGCAUUAUAAGUUGAUAAAUUUAUGAAUUCUAAUAUUGGUAAAUAAAUUUGAUUAAUAUUAUUUAGACCCAACAAUGGAUGCUUAUUUAGAAAUUAGAUCUAUGACCAAGAAAUAAUUAUUAGAUAGAUAUGAUACUUUAUUAUGA